CCUCCAGAAGGGAAAUAAUUACUCAGAGACCUGUUUAGUUUAGUCACUGAAGUUCUUUCGGCUGAUUUUCACACGUUCCGCUUACGAUAGAAAGUUUGUCUUCCUUCGGCCACCGUCGCGCUAGCGAUUGGAGUAUUUUGUCCGCCUAACGCCGCCGUCCCAGAUACUGUAUUACCGAGUUCCAGAGCACUGGGACGUGUAUUUCGGGGAGCCGGCUGGCGUUGCCGGCAACAUGGAGUCACCUUUUAGCCCCGGACUCUGCCACAGACCAGAUGAAGGUUGGGAUUCUACACUCUUUGCUGAACUUGGUUAUUUCACAGACAUGGAUGAGCUGCAAUUGGAUGCAGCAAGUGAAACCUUUGAAAGUAAUUUUGAUCAUCUUGAUUUUGAUUUUGAUUUGUUGCCUUGGGAGUCAGACGUGUGGAGCAUAAACAGCCAGUUCUGUACAGUUAAAGAUAUUAAGGCAGAACCUCAGCCACUUUCUCCAGCUUCAAGUUGUUCGGUCUCAUCUCCUCAGUCAGUGGAGUCUUGUUCUUCAACUCAGCAUGUCCCUGAGGAGUUGGAUUUGUCUUCUAGUUCCCAGAUGUCUCCUCUUUCCUUGUAUGGUGAAAACUGUAAUAGUCCAUCCUCAGGAGAGCCACUGAAGGAAGACAAACCUAUUAUUGGUCCUAGAAACAAAACUGAAAAUGGAAUGACUCCAAAGAAAAAAAUUACAUUAAGUUCAAAACCUUCAAUUCAGCCCAAGCCUUUAUUACUUCCAGCAGCACCCAAGGCUCAAACAAACUCCAGUGUUCCAGCAAAAACCAUCAUUAUUCAGACACUGCCAACACUUGUGCCACUGGCAAAGCAGCAGCCAGUUAUCAGUAUACAACCUGCACCCAGUAAAGGUCAGACUGUUUUGCUCUCUCAGCCUGCUGUGGUACAACUUCAGGCUCCUGGAGUUCUGCCCUCUGCUCAGCCUGUCCUUGCUGUCUCUGGGGGAGCAGCACAGCUACCUAAUCAUGUGGUGAAUGUGGUGCCAGCCCCUGUGGUGAGCAGCUCAGUGAAUGGGAAACUUUCUGCGACGAGACCUGUCCUACAGAGUACCACGAGAAGUGUGGGUUCAGAUUUUGCUGUGCUAAGAAGACAGCAACGUAUGAUAAAAAAUCGAGAGUCUGCUUGUCAGUCGCGCAAGAAGAAGAAAGAAUAUAUGCUAGGGCUGGAGGCAAGAUUAAAGGCUGCUCUUUCAGAGAAUGAGCAACUGAAGAAAGAGAAUGGAUCAUUGAAGCGGCAGCUAGAUGAAAUUGUAUCAGAGAACCAGAGGCUUAAAGUUCCCAGUCCAAAGCGAAGAGCUGUCUGUGUGAUGAUAGUCUUGGCAUUUAUAAUACUGAACUAUGGACCCAUGAGCAUGCUGGAACAGGAUCCCAGGAGAAUGAACCCUAAUGUGAGCCCUGCAAAUCAAAGGAGGCAUCUUUUAGGAUUUUCUGCUAAAGAAGAACAAGGCACAUCAAAUGGUAUCAUCCAGCAAAACAGCUACAGAUAUGAUCAUUCUGUUUCAAAUGACAAAGCCCUAAUGGUACUAACUGAAGAACCACUACUUUAUAUUCCUCCACCUCCUUGUCAACCUCUGAUUAAUACAACCGAGUCACUCAGGUUAAAUCAUGAACUUCGAGGUUGGGUUCACAGACAUGAAGUGGAAAGGACCAAGUCAAGAAGAAUGACAAAUAAUCAACAGAAGACCCGUAUUCUUCAGGGUGCUCUUGAACAGAGCUCCAAUUCUCAGCUGAUGCCUGUUCAAUACACAGAAACCACUAGUAUCAGUAGGAACUCGGGGAGUGAAUUACAAGUAUAUUACGCUUCACCCAGAAGUUAUCAAGACUUCUUUGAAGCUAUUCGCAGAAAGGGAGACACAUUUUAUGUUGUGUCAUUUCGAAGGAAGCUGUUGGAGCUGGAUAGCCAGGUCCAGGAGCUCUGGCUGCAGGAUCUGUCCCGAAUCCGUUUGGUGCCAGCUCCAGAGCCCCUGGCCACCCCAGACACCGCUGGAGAUGGGCCCAACUGGGAUCUCCUUCCUCUCCAGACCCAGGCCCCAGGCAAAGUACCUGCACUGCCCGGCGGGGAGGGAUGCCUGCUGCGGAGCAACCAGCAUCUGGUGGAAUUGAUUGAGCAGGUCAAACCUGAGAUUGAGCUGCUGAGACAGAAGUGCAACACAGUGCGGAUGUGGGUGCAGCUGCUCAUCCCAAAGGUGGAGGACGGCAAUAACUUUGGAGUGUCUAUACAGGAGGACACCGUGGACCAACUAUGGACAGUGGAGAGCACCGCGACCUCCUAUCUGCGCCGCUUUUCCACCUACUAUAAUACCCGGGCCAAGUUGGUGUCCAAGACGGUGAAGUACCCCCAGGUGGAAGAUUAUCUCCGCACCAUAGCAGAGGUCGACGAAAAUGAGUACCUGAGUGUGCGCCAGAUCUUGCUGCAUGUCCGGAACCAGUAUGCUACCUUGCAUGACGUAAUCCUCAAGAACAUCGACAAGCUCAAGACCCCUCGGAGCACCAACACCGACAACCUGUACUGAGGACCUUCCACUGCGCUUUUCUGUCGGAGCUGGCUGAGCUGUGUAGACAGCUAGCAGGCUGGUUAUUAAUAACUGCAGGUGGUGAAAGGACUGGAAAAUGUGUUAGGUUUUAGUUAGAAUUUCAUGCAGCUUAUGCUCAUACUGAAUCCUCUUAGUGUAAUUUUUAAUUUUCCUUUCAGGGGACAAUUGAAACAAACCAUCUGGUAGAAUAUAGUAAGAUUAGCCGAAGAGAAAGGACUGCCAUUUUUAAAAGCAGCUUUGUAAGUGAACGUUGGUCAGUUUCUUUAUUAUGUUGGUGACAUUGAAUGGUUUCAAGAGGUUACUUAAAACCCACAAUUUAAAGAAAAGUUGAAGCUUUUCCUAAAAUGUUCUGCUAAAUGUUACUUUGUUCAAAACUAGUAUGUUCCCUUUACACCAUCAUUGACUUUUUUGCAAGGAAAGGAGUUUAAAGCGAUACGUUUAGCUUAUUGUAUACCUUCAUUUUAGCAGAUUGAAAUAAAAUGUGAUCAUAACAUGUUAUGGCCUUACUGUGCUUAUCUGAACUUGAAUUUUCAGAAAUACAGCGUUUCCUUCCUCCUCAGACACAUACCCUCGAUAUUUUUCAGCACUGAUGUAUGAGAAUACAUUUUAAUUCUUCUAGAGAAAUGGGUUUCCACCUCUCUGGAAGGAAACGAAAUCUGUGAAAAUGGCUUCUUUACAUAAACUUCUACCAUCUCAGCAUCUUCCAGCUUCCUUUUCCUCACAAUUUAGAAUUUCUUCUCCAUAUCCAUUUAGCUUAUAAGUCCAUGCUAAAUCCUUCAAGAUUUAUGUCACAUUUACUUUUUUCUCCCAUAGUUGAUUUUCAUGUCUCUUCCCAUCCCAUUUUGUUUAAGAUAUUUCUGAUAAGCCCUCAUUAGAAUUUCUCUUUUCCAUCAUAUGGGUCAUAUGCAACAUUUGCCUUUUCAUUUUUAUUAUCUGUUUCACCUGAGGGAGUAAAAAUACAUUUAUUUCUGAAAAAAAGUGAGUUAAUUUGAAUCACAGAAAUUCUGUUUUGGGGAUUUAGCUUAGCGGUACCCUGCCUGCUUUGCAAGUGCAAAGUCCUGAGUUUGAUCCCUGGUACCAAAAAAAA